AUGGCUGCCACUCCACAUGGAGGGGCGGACUCGUGGAAAACAGAAGUGGCACAGAAGCUGGCUUCUUUGGAGAGGCGACUGGACCAGUGUAUGCAGAAGUUGGCGCCCGAUGCGCCUCAAGGCUUUGACUCGCGCCUGGGUCAGCUGGAGAAGCAGCUUCCGAAGCUGGAGUUGCAGCUGGGCCACUACCUCGGAGCCACCACAGGUGCCAAGGAGGCAGUGACAGCACAGGCACGACAGUUAAGCUGCGUGGAGGAGCGGCUUUCGAGCCAGCUUGAUGCAGUCCAGGCCAGUGUGCAGGUGUAUCAGAGCAAAGUGGGCGCCCUGGAAGAUGAGCUCGAAAACGGAAUGAACACGCUCAAGAGCCUGGCAAAGCAUCAGGCCCUGUUGACCAAACUGGCUGCCUCUGAGGAGGAGGGGCCCCUUCCGAACUUGUCCGGCCAUGAUGCCCAGAUGCAGGAGUUGGUGCUCGAUUUGGCAAGCCGCAUGUCGCAGUUGGAGCAUGUAGAUCGGCCAGGUCGUACCAACACCUUGGAGAGCGCUCCACCGGCAGAGGAUUCUCAGCUAAGACCCCAGCUGCAACAGCUGCAAGCUACUAACCAGAGGCUGCACAAAGAAAUGCUAGAUGUGGUGGCAAAGCUUGAGGAGCACUCUGUGCAUUUGGCGUCGUGCAGGAGCAGGAUGGAAGUUUUGGAAGCGCAGAACGCGAGACCGGCUGUGAAGUAG